AAAAGCAAGCAAUGUUACCCAGGUGCGUUUGGGAUACACAUAGAUUUGAACAGCUUCCACAGACAGGCUGUACAAAGAGACAAUGUUACACAACACUGGGAGCCGGUAAAAGUAAAAGUAAAUAUUAAAGUUCAGUGAAUGUUGCCUGGACACGCUCAUUCAGAGGAGGCCGAGGGCCAUUCUGGAAGGAGAAAAAUAUUUUUGUUAAGAAUUUCAUCAAACAGCGGUUUUUCAGGAUGAGUUUGUUGUACCAAAUGAUACCUUUUAUUUUAUCUGCCUCGGUCUGUGGUGUUACAGUUUUCCCGUGUUUUUCUCCAUCGCCCUCCGCUGACCGAUGCCGCCCGCGCCCUCCCGCCCCCACUUCCAUUCCCUUUCUCCACCUGAGGCUGCUCUUCCCAUAAACUUACACAUACGUUUGAUUGCCCUGACUUCCAAGUUCAGGCAUAUUUCCUGUUAAGUAAACCUCCUUUGCUGGACUUCAUGAGAUGACACCUAAUUAGAUGCGUAACUUCCACACAUUGCAUCACAGAAUGCGUGACCAAGCUGUCCCAAGACACCAGCUUUCAAGGAGGUGACGUCGCAGUGGUUUUCACGCCCAGCGCCGAGCACUGCCAGGUGGUCUGCACCCACCACCCGACGUGCUUGCUCUUCACUUUUAUGGCCGAAUCAUCAUCUGAAGAUCCUGCUAAAUGGUUUACUUGCAUCCUGAAAGACAGCGUCACAGAAACGUUGCCAAGAGUAAAUAUGACAGGAGCAGUUUCUGGAUAUUCUUUCAAGCAAUGCUCGCACCACAUAAGUGCUUGCAACAAAAAAGUUUACGAGGACCUGGACAUGAAGGGCCUGAACUACAACAGCUCCGUGGCCCGGGGCGCUCAUGAGUGCCAGGAGCAGUGCACCAACGACAUACACUGCCACUUCUUCACCUACGCCACGAGGUUGUUUCACAGUCCGGAGCAUCGUAACGUGUGUCUACUGAAGCACACCCACACGGGGACACCAACCAGGAUAGCGAAGCUGAAGGACGUGGUGUCUGGAUUCUCCCUGAAGCCCUGCGCACUUUCCCAACUGGGUAAACUCCUGUUUCCCAAAUGAGGUGACCUAACCCUCAAGUACGACGGUGAGAUAUGAUGGGCCUCACUUAGGACACCGUUCAUGUUCGCUGAGGAAGCGGGCCCAGUGACGUUUUGCCUUCUUCGUGUGGAGAAUUUCAUGAUGUCUCCUAGAGUUUCUACUGAAAUUUAAGUUUGACAUAAUCACUUUAGUUUUCCGAGUUAGAACAGUUUUGAAGGAUUUUAAGCUAAAGAAACUUUAAAAAAAUUAUCCUCAAGACUUUAUUUACUUAGAGUCAUUUCAGAUUCACGGCAAAACUGAGGGGAAGGUACAGAGACUUCCCAUUGGCUGUCUACCCCCACGUACCCACGUAGCCUUCCCCUUAUCAACAUCGCCCACCAGAGGAGCACAUUUGUUAUAAUCGAUCAACCUCCAUUGAUGCAUUAUAGCAGGGGUGUCAAACUCAUUUCCACCGGGGGCCAUAUCAGCCUCGUGGUUGCCUUCAAAGGGCCGAAUGUAAUGGACGGUAUAAUGUAGCUACUCCUUAACCAGGGGCAAGGAGCUCAGCGCUGCUGCCGGGUAGACACGAGGUGCCGGACCAGAUGAAACCAGGAGGCUGGAUUCGGCCUGUGGGCCUGGAGUUCGCCACUCCUGCAUUAUGGCCACCGUAGUUGACAUUCCGACUCACGUUUGGGGUCGUACAUGCCCUGGGUUUGAACAAGUGUAUGAGGACAUGCAUUUCUCAUUACAAUAUCACACAGAACACGUCAUUGCCCUAAAACUCCUUUGUUUCACCUAUUCCUCUCUUCCUCGCCCUCCACCCCCCC